AUGGGCUUCAUCUCCAUUGGCUUCAGCUUGCUAAGGCCUAGGCGUGCCAUCCAGCUGCCCAUCUGGUCAUCUUCUGUGUGCUGGCGAUGGGGCGGGGGGGAGCCUCCAGCCAGGCUUCCUGAGCUGCACAGCCACCCCUUCCCAGAUAAAGGUAUCGCCCAGAGGAGCCACAGCAGCUCCCGGGGCGCUGGGAAGGGCCGAGCACGGCACGCACGGCCCUGGCACACGGGGUGCGGGAUGGCAGCCUACCUGUGCCAGGGCUGGCUGCUCUCGCUGCUCCCCACCAUCCUGCUCAGCCUCCACAGCCCGCUGUCAGCCCCUGAGCCGGUGACAUCCCAAGACGCUGCGCUGCUGGCAGGGGUGCCAGAGGACAUCCUCUGCUUCUCCCGCUCCUUCGAGGACCUCACCUGCUUCUGGGAUGAGGAAGAGGAGGAGGAGGCAGCGAGCAGGACGUGCCACUUCUACUACUGGUACAGCAGGGAUGUGCCCACAGCAUGUGCGGUCUCCACGUGGCGCGACGGGGCCGGCAGGACACGGCACGUCUGUGUCUUCCCCGGCCAGGAUGUGCGCCUCUUCACCCAGCUCCACCUCCGCGUCCUGGAUGCCACCUCCAACCAGACCAAGUACUGGCGGGAGCUCAGGGUGGAUGUGGUGGGUGAGUCCCUCCCACUGGGCAAUUCCCGUCACCCAGGCUUUGGGGGGCCGGGAGUAAGCAGCCCCCUCCCUGCCCUGGCUCUCACCUGCCCAGAGGACAUCGGGCUGUACUGCAGCACCCCUGACCUGCAGCACGUGCGCUGCGAGUGGAGCUGGGACCCCGCAGAGCCCCUCAGCUCCCACCAGCUCUUCUACCGGGCACCUCCGAGCGGGGCCGGCACAAGGGAAGAUGUGUGGCAGCGGUGUGAGGAGGCGAGCAUGGGGGCACAGGGCACCCAUGCCUGCACCUUCCAGCCCAGGGCUGGCAAUGCCAUCUCUGUCCUUGUGAAUGUCACCCGGCCCCAUGCACCGCCCACACUCAGCUACUUCAAGGAGCCCUUCUGGCUGCACCAGGCUGUGCUCACAGAGGCCCCGCAGCUGGUGCAGGUGACGGUGUGGCAGGGCAGGCUGAGCCUGCAAUGGCUGCCACCCCUGGAGGCACUUGCAGAGCAGCUGGACUACCAGGUCCGCUACGCUGUGGAGAACAGCCAUGACUGGAAGGUCCUGCAGGUCCCGCGGGCAGCCAGGAAAGAAGUCCUGGACCUACGGCCAGGCGCCCGCUACUGUGCCCAGGUGCGGGCCCAGCCCAGCGGGCCAUGGUACCAGGGCAGCUGGAGCGCCUGGUCCAAGCCUGUUGUAGCUGACGCCACGGCCGAUGCAGGCUGGAUCAUCCCGAGUGUCACGGUGGUGCCGCUGCUGCUCACGGGCGUGCUCCUGGGGCUGCGGUGCACCUUCCCCUCCCUCUACAGCAACGUGAAGCAGAAGCUCUGGCCCCCCGUCCCCGACCUGCACCGCGCACUGGGCAGCUUCCUCCACGAGAGCAGCAAGCCCGGCCAGGUG